AGUCCGAUUUAGAAUAGUUUCCAACAGGGGCGUCAUGAGUUAUUCUAGGGGCAUUUUAAAGUCAGAACCUGGUCCAUAUAGUAGUAAUUUAGUUUUAAAAAAGUGUAGAUCCUUGUGGGAGCAAACGGAGGGGGCAACAACAGGUCUGAUCACCUGCUGACGACAGAUUAUGUGAAAGUUUCCUUAUUCUGUGUUUCUUUGCUUCUUUACAGGAGAAUAUAUGGCAACGUCCUUUGCAGCGUCAUUCGGAAUAGCGUCAAGUGCUUUAUUAUGGCAAACUUGGGUGUGGGUGCUGUUGAGUCUGUUGAUAUUAAUGACAGCAUUUACUGUAGUUACUGCAUUGGUUAUGUACUUAAAGCUGAAAUUGUCAGAUAGUUUUUCAUUUCGCUAUUUUAAGAAAAAACCUGUAGGGGUCCCUUCUGUAAUUACAACCGUACAUAGACAAGAAAACCCAGAGGCAGCAGAAGCGGGUGGAUCCGGAGGUGGACUGCGAGCUCCCCGAGUAACUGUUGGUGUGGUAUCAUCCCGAGCCCCGUCUCCCGGAGUCGAGGUCGAUGAAAAUACGUUUGAUUAUAUAAAUCGAGCUUUUACCCAUGAUUCUGAUCAUGAAGAUCCACAAUGAUAGUAAAUAAUAAUGCAAUGUGAUAUUUCAAUUUGAAUAAAGUGUUGCAGAACAUACA